CCAGGGUGCUUUGCAAAGGCAUGGCGGGGACAGUGUGAAUGUCAACGUAGAAGAGCACUUUGAUUCCACCGAAAAGAGGACCAAAGGGAAGAGGAGGUGGACAAGCAACUCCUUUGGUCUUAAAAACGCUGCCGGAGCUAACGUUUUUGUCGAGAACGCCAGGUAGCCUUUCCGGCGUGAAUGUGUGCCCUGGAUCACACGUCCUGCCAGGCGCGGAGGGACCAGUGAGGCUUUGCUGGUCGUGAUUGGCGUCUUCCGUAAGUGAAGCGGGUUUCUGUGAACAUGAUUUGUUCUCUUCUGCGAGCUGUGCAGUAUACGGAGAAGCUGCAUAGGUCCUCGGGGAAGCGCCUGUUUUCGCCACACUUCGUACUCAGCAAAGCUUGCUUUAAGACCGAGCCCAGACGGAGAUGGGCGCUGCACGAGCGGAAAACAGUGCGGCCCGGAUGUAUCCUUGGAGCCGCCCCGAGGACCGUCUGGACGCGGGGACAGGGCCGCCAGCGAGCAAAGGAGGACGGCAGCAAGCAAGUGUCUGUGCACAGUCAGAGGGCGGAAACCGCCAUCUCGACGGCACAGAAAGUUAAAGAAGCCGGAAGAGAUUUUACCUAUUUAAUAGUGGUACUGAUUGGAAUCACCGUUACAGGUAGCUUGUUUUACGUGAUUUUUAAAGAACUUUUUUCAUCAUCCAGCCCUAAUAAGAUAUACGGGAAAGCCUUAGAAAAAUGCAGAUCACAUCCAGAGGUAAUAAGCGUCUUUGGUGAGCCCGUUAAAGGCUACGGGGAAAUGACCAGGCGCGGUCGCCGGCAGCACGUCAGUUUUAUUGAAUAUGUGAAAGACGGGCUGAAGCACAUGCGCGUGAAGUUCUACAUCCAGGGCUCCGAGCCUGGGAAGCAGGGAACGGUGCACCUGGAAGUGAAGGAGAACCCAGAAAGUGGCGAAUAUGAAUUUCGAUAUAUAUUUGUAGAACUUGAAACCUAUCCUCGAAGAACUAUCAUCAUCGAGGAUAAUCGGUCCUGAGAGAACGAAGCGCGGCGGCACCGCGGCCCUGGGUGGGUGUUGAGGGGCGGACGCCACGCUGACCUCCGCAGCUCCUUUCCGCGGCCGCUUCGGGCAGGGCAGGAGGGAGGAGAGCCCAGCAAAGCGACGUCCCGGGCUAGUUGCUGCAUCGAGACAGCUGCGUUCGAGUUUCCCUUGAAGAGUAGAAAAUCAUUGACUAGAGCAUAUUUUAGGUGACCCUGGGCAGUAUUUCUGCUCUAACAUCAUCCUUCCUAAGAAAUUUUCAUUAAAAAACAUCAUAUAAAUAAGAAAA